AGUGUCCUUUAUGGCUGCCCGGUUCCUCAGAGAAAGCAGUGACGCCUGCCAGCUAAAUCAAAGCCAUCCCUUAGAUGCUGUACUGUACAGCUACGGAGCCUUUGCUCACCUGCUCUGCAUCCUGCUUUACGUACGUUAGAGGAAUUUGGACCGCAGGAGUUCAGGGCUGCACUAUAAGAAUGGAAACAUCCUCAACUGUUUGAAACAGACCGAGUCCCUAAGUUCUGUUUCAGCAGAAAGCAGGCAGUGCUGGCAACAAGCAACUGCUGGCAAGAGCUGAAUGCAGCUCUUCCGUCACCACGACUCACACCAUUCCCUGUUUUCUCACUCCAGCAAACGUCCACCCAGGAAGAUGGAGAACUCACCAGCUGGCUGUUGGUGUUCGUGCUUCAGCCUGAGAAAGCCAUACUCUGUGGCCAAGCGCAAACUGCGGCGCAAUCCCAGGGAGCCCUCAGAAACAGGAGUCACAGUCCUGGCAGGGGGACGAGGAGUCAGCGGGACUGUUUGCUUAGCUAACAGUGCAGAAUGGCUUUCCUCCAUGCCCGCUGUUGAAGGUGAAUCGAGCCCUCUUCAACCUGGAAGAGCCAGAGCGAGAAGCGAUGCACUGCGUGCUGCCAUCAGUGGAGAGCUGUCAGGGAGCAUGAAUCGCUGCCCUUUGGAUGACAGCCUUCCACUUGCCAACAGUGAUGGGGACAAGGAGCUCAUCCACGUUUGUGCCUUCAUUUCUCCCGGCUCUGCUGAAGACGUGGUCCAGAGCGUGCCAGACGUGCCAGACUCUGGCCUGGAGUGUGACCCAGCGUCUUCGCAGUGCAGCCCACCCCAGACAGAGUCCAAGUGCUCCGACAGCAGCACCUCCGUGCAGGAGCAGGUCAGCGUCCCUGAGGAGAAGCCGAGCCCCUUGGAGGAGGACAUAGAAGCAGGCAGCCAGUCCCAAACACUGGGCAGCACCACGAGCUCUGAGCCAGUCUCUCUGUGACGAGAGAAGAUGAGUCCCUUCUUUGCUCUGGACCUCUCUCUCACGCCCUCCUGCCUUCUACUGAAUAAAGGCACACUCGUGGUCAAUGGACACCUUGCCUGCAUUCCGAGUCUUCAUUCACAGGGACUGGGAAGAACAGAAGAAAGAGCGAGGCACUUCAGCUUGCAGCAGCGUGGCUUUGGGUCGUGUGCAGCAGAGCUCGGGGUUUGUUCCCAUUUUGCGUGGCUUUGGGAUGUCUGCAGCGAGAGCUCUGCUACCGUUUUGUAGGUAGCAAAUAAUGUCUAGCACCCUGGUGUGUGCUCAUUGUAAUCCCCAGCUUCCGGGCUGUGGCUUUGUGGUGCUUUUCAAUGCUUUUUGAAGCUCUUCCGUGCCUUGGCUGCUCCCUAACACCUGUCUCCUCCCGCAGCGUCCAUUGCUGGCUGCCACCUAUGAGCUGGCCCUGCAGAUCCUCCCCAGCGGGUCAGUGCUUUGCCACAUCCACCUGACUCUCAUGCUCUCUCGACUAAGCGUAAAUACGCUGUCAUGGAGACAGAUGCUUUCUGUGGCAUCCUGAAUCCGCGCAGCCAUUUACCUGGUAGGUGGCUCUUCCGGAAGAAGAAUCGAGCAGCAGAAGCUUAUGGUCAGCCUGCAGCACGCAAAUGCUACGGCAGCAGAAACAAGGCGGGAAGCUCUGGGUUCCUCCCGGGAAGGCAAGGCUGCCCUGAGACGCACCAAUGGUGUUUGAUAGUGCCCUCCCAUCCUUAGAUUUCCUUCUCCCCUGCUCCUCGUCUGAUGCCACUGCUGAGCCAGGAACAAGCUGCCCAGUGUUGCAGAGCAGCGUGCCAAGCCACGCUGGGACCUCCUCCCCUUCCUCUGCUGCGGCUCGGCGUGCAGCCUCACCCACUUCUGUGACGGAGCUGCUGAUCCCACGCGUGCCAUUGGGAUGCUCUGGCACGAGACGUGCCUCUAACGCAAAGCUCCUUCCCAGCCUGCCAAGGAAAAGCAAAGCAACCCCACCGCCGCCAGCACAACCCCGCAGCAGGCAGCAGGGAAGUUUGCAUGGAUGGUAGCAUGGAUGGAUGCAGGUAGCAUGGAUGAGGUUGCGCAUGUGCCUGUGAGUACAUUUGUGUGCAACGGGAUGGGAUUGCACACGCGUGGUUGUGCAUGUGGGUGAAGAAGGGGUGGGGUUGCACAGGGGUGUGCAUUUGUGUGUGUGUGCAAGGCUGUUGUGGUACCGUUGUGUGCAUGCGUGUUGGGAGUGCAAGGAAGAGGUGACACAGGUGUGUGUGUGGGCACAGGGCUGCGCCAAGGGCUGGGGAUGCAAGAGUGUGUGCGAGCACAUGGGGAGCACAUGGACAGAGUGGAACAAUGAUGUGCUUGCAGAGGGGUGUGCACACCUGGUGUAGCCAGGGUGUGCUGCACCUUGGGAGCAGCCUGCCGCCUUAGUGCUGCUCCUGGCAGCGCCUUGCCGCCUUUGCGCUGUGUUUCGGAACCCCUUCCCGCCUUUGCCGGUGCUGGGGGGGUGCCUGCGCCGCUCCGCCGCCCCUCCCCGCCCCGCACCGCCCAGCAACGGCCCUGCACGGCCCCGUCCAGGAACUCAUUGGUCAGCGGCAGCGCCGCCGGCUCCGAUUGGCUGAGCCUCAGCGCGCAGGAGCGGCCGCUGGGAGCCGGCUCGAGGCGGCACGGCUCUCCUCACAGAGCGCUGCUCAGGCAGGUCGGACUGCUGCAGCCGCUGUGCGCCGGAGCUCUCCGGGCAGCAGCGAGACGGAAGGCGCGGCACGAGGGAGCGGGUCCUGAGGACAGCUCCGCCGGAGAUGGGUGGGAUAACGGCGCCGGGACAGGGAAUAGAACCCUGCGCGGCCCCAGCCGCACUGCCUUCCCCUGUCCUCCCCUCCCCUUUCCUCCCCUCCCCUUCCCUCCCCACCCGCUCCCAGUGUCCCCCGGGCCCCCCACGAUCCCCAGAGCCCGGGGCUAAGGUGGGUCUGUGGCAACAGGGGGCUGUGGGGGGCUGCAGGGGGAUAUGGGGCUGUG